GUCGCCGGGGCGCUCGCGAGGGCGGCGGCGAUCGUGGUCAUGUAUCCUCUGGACACACUCAAAACUCGCGCUCAGUGCAACGACCCGCCGCACCUGCGGCUCAAGAACGUCUACGCGGGCGUCUUCGGGUCCCUCGUCGGCUACGUGCCCUCGGCGGCCAUCAUCUUCGGCUUCUACGAGCGCGCGAAGGCCUUCCUGCUGCUCUCGGGCUUCGGCGCGGCGCGCGCGGCCUUCGGCGCCGCCGUCGUCGGCGACGCCCUCGGCGCGCUCUGGCUCGUGCCCCACGAGGUGCUCAAGCAGCGCCUCCAGACGGGCGUGCACGGCGCGCUCGGCGCCGCGGUCGCCGCGACGUGGCGGACCGGCGGGCUCCUCGGAUUCUACUCGGGCCUCCGCGGCCAGCUCCUGCGCGACAUCCCCUUCAGGUGCAUCCAGAUGACCUUGUACGAGAGCCUCAGGGGCCGCGGGUCCGCCGGCGUCGUCGGCGCGGCCGUGGGCACGGCGACGGCGCUGAUCACGACGCCCAUGGACCUCGUCAAGACGCGCGUCAUGGUCACCGACGGCCGCCUCGGGAGCGUCGUCGCCGACGUCUACGCGCGCGAGGGCGUCGCGGGCUUCUGGCGCGGCGCGCUGCACCGCGCGGCCUACGUCGGCCCGUCGACGGCGAUCUUCUUCGUCGUCUACGAAGCCGCG